AUGUAUAACAACAAUACAGAAAAGAGCAUUUACAGUCCUGACAAUCCAUAAUUCAAAUAAAAGGUUUACGAACUCCAACUUAUCAUGGAUCAAUGCAAAUAUACCAAAAAGUACCUUCUCUUUAUAUCCAAUAUAGAAAUAAAGUCAUAGAUGAUGCUAAAAUCGUUCUAUUAAAUUAUAAGGAAUUGAACCCAACUUUGACUGCCCUUAAUAUUACUAUGCUAGAAUUAUAAGGAAACAGUAUUUAUUGUUUUAUAUUCAGUUCCCAUUCCAUACAAUAAUAGCAUCUUCUCAAUCUUUAUACAUUUAAGAUUUCAAACCUCUCAUCCUGAAGUCUAACCCUUCAUUUUCCUCAAAAAUGUGGAUCGUACUUAAAUAUUUAUAUUUUAGCUAAUAAAUUCGAUGCUAACCCUUUAUAUAAGUCGGCAGAAAUACAAAAUGGAUUGUAUAUUACUUUUAAUAAUUUCAUUCCUUCCAUCAAGAAUUGGAAUAAGAAUUAUAAAAUUGUAUCAAUUCUAUGCUAAUUAGAUCAAUUUUAUGUUGGAAGUACAAUAAGCCUUGUCCAGGAAUUUUCCUUUUUUCCUCAAAACUAAUGUUUACAAUUAGAAUCAAUCUUAAUACUAAUAUAACCCUUAAUAGAUGAUGAGUUAAGUGAAUUAAUCAUAAUUUAAUAACUAUGGGCUUUGGCAAUCUUAAAUGUAAUAACCACAAUAUGUUUAACAAUAAUAAUAGUAAUAGCCUCAAUAAAAUCCUUAUUCUUAAAUAUAAUAAAUUCCAUAAUCACAACUGCAAUAAUAAUAAUAGUCGCAAUAUAUUUAAUAGCAGGACUAACCAAAAAAAAAGUAGUAAUAAGAAGAACCAGGAAUGGCUAAUAAAUUGAUAUCAAUAAGUGCAUCUGUUUUUGAAUUUGGAAAGGAAUUGUUUAUGAGUUAAGAAGCAAAAGAGGAGAAAAUAAAAACUGAAAUCAAAUCCAAAGUUGAUAUUGAAUUACUAAACCAAUCUAAAAAACUCAUGGAUUCAAUCAGAUAGUAAAAAUAGCUAACUGAUGUUUUGACAGAAUAGUAUUAACAACAAACAAAAAUUAUGAGGGAGAUUUAAUUAAAGGAUCAAGAGAUUAAUACCAGUAUCCAUGAAUUAGAUUAAUAGAUGAUCUAAAUGGAACACAAAAUAGAGGCUUGCGUAACCGCAAUAAGCAAAUUAGAAUAAAACAAUAUUGAAGAGUAAUUAUAAUUAAAUAUACACAGAUUAAUGUAGACAGAUCCACUUAGUAAUUAGAUUAUAGAGUUGACAAGUGAGAUUCAAGCAUAAAAGGAAGGGUUGUAUUAUGUGUAGAAGAAAUUCAGACAUUAAAAUUUGGAUUAUGAUUAGUUAAUUAAAAUAACUAGAUAAAUGAGUUAGUAGAUGUUCGAUCAAUAUUUAUUAUUGAAAAAAUGUGUUACUAGUAAAUAAUGA